AUGGCAAGCAACUCACUUCUCCCGGUCCCAGCUGCUGCUACAACUAGAAGAUUGGAAGGUAAAGUGGCACUGAUCACCGGAGGGGCUACAAGCAUUGGUGAGUGCAUAGCCAGAAGCUUCUGCAAACUUGGGGCCAAAGUAAUAAUCGCUGACAUCCAAGAUGACUUGGGCAGGUCAGUUUCUGAAGACAUUGGAGCUGAUAUGGCCGUGUUCGUGCAUUGUGAUGUAACCAUAGAAUCUGACGUUGAAAAGGCAGUAGACACUGCAAUCUCCACCUUUGGAAAGCUCGAUAUAAUGGUGAAUAAUGCAGCCAUCAGCGAUCUACGCAAACCCAACAUUGUUGACAAUGACUUAGUCGAUUUUGAGCGAGUGUUGAAGGUUAACUUGGUGGGAGUUUUUCUAGGAACCAAACACGCAGCUCGAUUAAUGAUUCCUGCUCGCCAAGGAAGUAUAAUUACGCUGGGCAGCGUUAGUUCCAGUGUUGGAGGUGUUGCAUCACACGCAUACACCAGCACAAAGCAUGCGAUUGUGGGUCUAGCGAAGAAUACGGCGGCGGAGCUUGGGCGGUUUGGAAUUCGAGUGAAUUGCUUGUCACCUUAUUUCAUUGAAACACCAUUGACGAUGAACUUCUUCAAGAUGGAAGAGGAUGGAGGAAAUGGUGGUGUAUAUUCAAAUCUUGAAGGGGUGAAACUAACACAAGAAGAUGUAGCAGAAGCUGCCAUUUAUUUAGCAAGCGAUGAGUCUAAGUACAUGAGUGGUCAUAAUUUAGCAUUAGAUGGAGGUUUUACCACCAUUAAUUCUGCUUUCGGCUUGUUCUCAAGGUCUGCAUAG